UUCUAACAUCAGCGACCUGUACACCGGCCUGUGCUAACAACGGUACAUGUUUCACGGAUGCUAGCGGAGAAAGCAGAUGUAGUUGCCCAGAGAACUACAUCGGAUCUGACUGUUCUGAAUCAAUAUACUGUAGAAGCGAUGCUAGUUGCCUAGGCAACACGUCGUGUAAGGUGUACCAAGGCCAGGAUUAUUGUGAUUGUGGGGAUGAUUUGACUGGAUUUUUCUGUAAUAUGACUGUUUCACCAGGUGAGCUAAGUUUCUCAUUUGUACUCACUUACAGAGGAAUGGGGGGAGGGCUAAGACACUCCAUCCACGAGGUAUACCCUUUUUACUGAAAUUUACUGUGUUCCUCUUCUGAUUAUCUAAUUCUUCUGAUUAUUUACUUUAUCGUUAUACGUUGUUCUUAAUCUUCACCAGAUACGCCACUUCCGCCAGAUGAGGGAAUAACCAACUACUUAAUUCACUACUGGGCAUUCAACAUCAUUCCGUUUGGAAGACUAUUUGUGGAUAAAAUCCGACGUAAUCAUUUCACUCGAUAUGGUACGUAUAUCAUAAAGGUCCAGAUUUAGAUUCCUCUACCCCUUACUGGCUAAGUAGUCAUUUGAUUGGUUAGUCGGAUAGAUUAAACGCAUCUGAUUGGCUAGUCGGAUAGAUUAAACGUAACUAAUUGGUUAAUGGUUGCAGUGGGGGUAGUGGGAGUCAAAUCUAAACCUUUACUAUCAAGGAGAGAAACAUGUCUGUUUUAGCAAAUAACAAUGUAAUUAGAUUAAUGUUAAAUACAGCUAUUUUAUUGCAUGUUCGUAUUUCUAGGAGAUGCGCGUAUAUACAGGUCUGCAGAUCUUGGAAAUGUUGCCCAGUUAAAUUGUUUUGGAAGUGGAGCACUAAUCUCAGGUAAUCAAUUUUGUGAAGAAAAGAAUGGUGUCUUUAUUUCUUUGUAAAACUGAGGUUUAUGUUGUCACACACUUUGAGUAAAGCCCAAGUGUAAACCAUUCUUUACAGUAUAUAUUUCUUACACUAGAAACUCUGAAAGACUCGUGUUUGGUGGCGCCGUACAAUUGCGCAGAAGGCUUAACAGUGUCAUUCUGGCUGCAAUUUAUAUCUGGAGGAAUCAUAAUCCGUACAGGCAAAGCUGGUUUCCACGUUUAUGUUGAAGAUGGGAAAUUCUUCAUCACCUAUCAAGGCGUGGACAGAAGUUGGACCAUAGAACGUGGGUGUAUUCCUAUGGACGUCUUCCUCGUGACAGCCACGUGGAGUGCGGCUGGAGGAUUGUCGUAUUACGAGAAUGGGAAACUUGUGGUCUCAACCCAAAUCUCCGAUUCAAGUUCGAUUUCUGGGAAUUUUGAUGACGUCAUCACUGUUGGGUAUGAGGAAUCUUCGAGCGGGAAAAGAUUUUCAACUUUAAUCAUCGAUGAUCUCAUGAUUUGGAACCGUGCGCUAAGUUCCGAGAAUGUUCAAAUAAUUCAUUCCCAAGGUGAGCUGUGGUGAAAUCUUUAACUAGUUCCUGCAACAUUAAAUAUGUUAAAAUAACUCACUCUCAUCUGGCUUCACUUUGAAAUAGAAUCGAAAUGCCAUCUUGAAUUUUAUUUCUUGUUUGGAACACUUAUAAUUAAUAUUUUGUCUUUUUGUGAAAUUGCCUGCAGGUAACGGAUUGUAGUCAUAAGUUUUGUGUUGUUAACCGUUAAUUAUUGAUAUUUCUAUUUUAUGUUUUCUCAUUCCAGGAAUCUUGACCUCAUUUGAUCGUGGAUCAUGUCUAUCAGAUCCAUGUGAAUCUGGAUCUUGGUGCGUCCAGGGUUAUCCCUCUACUCAACAUGCCUGCAUACAGCCCACGAGUAGUGAUUGUUCAUUUGAAGAUGGUCUGUGUAGUUUCAACGUUUCCGGUGCGGCAAUAAUGACGAUAAAUAACCAGAGUGCAAUCAUUGAAAAUAUGCCGUAUCAUGAUCACACGUUUGGGAUCUGUAGAGGUAAUAAACUAUGUUCAUAUUGUGAGAAAGCUUCAGAUUGAUAGGGAUACAACUACCUGUAAAAUACAAGAAGAACUUGGACGAAGGACCUCGAAGUUCUCCUUGUAUUUUCAGGUAGUUGUAUCCCUAUCAAUCCGAAGCUGUCUUAUCAUUGCCACGACCUACACUGGUACAGACUGUUCCAGGUUAUUUACUAAUAUCCCUCAAUUGUUUCAGUUCCGCCGGCGAAAUUUCUGACGUUUAGACAAACGGCUGACGUGAACGAGUCCUCACUGAACUCCAACAUUUUCCUGUCUCUGUCACCGAAAGGACAUCUUCUUCGUUUGCGUUUCUGGUACUUCAUGGACGGCCACGAUGGCGGGAAUCUUACUGUUUCUAUUAGUCAAUCUUCUAGUAUAUUUUUAAGGCUAGAAACAUCCGUUAUCUGGAGCACUGCUUCGCCUAGUGUUAGGACCUGGCAAUAUCAGCAAAUUGAAAUGAAGGCAGCUUUGGCGUUUUUAGUAAGUGUGGAUAGGCCUUUCCGGAAAGUACGUCAUUAUUCAACUGACUCCCCAUUGGGGCUUUUCAAUGACCGAUUACAUCAAGUAUUACGCUUACUUAUGUUUCUUACUUAGACUAGACUAUUUAUCUUUACAACAAUUGAGAUAUUACUUUUCCAACUAUGUUUAACCCACCCUGUCAACUUUCCCUGUGGGAGGAAACUGGAGCACUCAGAGAAAACCCACGACUUUCGGUAGAGCGUUGACUGACUCUUUUCACAUGAGUCCGUAGCGAGAAUCAAACCCACGAACUCAGAAGUGAAAGGCGCAUGCUCUGAUGACUGCACCACCGAAACCUACUCACUCGAGCCUUCGAGUUUCGUAGCGUAGAGGCUCUAUAGUCAUUAGUCAAGGUGACAUACUUUCCAGAAGCGUGGGUUCGUUUUUUAUCACUAAUUAGGGCAACACUAUUAUUGUGUUGUUCCUAGUGGCUCUCGAAACUUACUUACAUAAGCAUGUGAAUUUUUUCUAGGUCGCCAUGAAGGCGACGUUUUCUGGGUCAGAUCUGUUCAUUGCAAUGGAUGAUCUUAGUCUUGAAGUCUGCAGUAAGAAUUAUUCAUUCCUUCUUACUCACUGUAGUAGAAAAACGAAUAUUUACUUUAGUUUUCCUCCUGUGGUAACAUUGGAUCAAUAAGGCAAGACUCUUACUGGACCUGCAGAAAGAACAGUUUAGAACUGAUGAAGAUACUCAGUAUAAACAAAGAUAUUUUAUUGCAGGUUUCCUCCUGUGGUGACACUGGAUUAAUAAUGAUCAUUACUGGCCUCUAUAGGAAGUAAAGUUUAGAACUGAUAGAGCUAUCCAGUAUAAAUAAAGUUAGUUUAGGUUUCCUCCUGUAGUAACACUGGAUCAAUAAGAGAUGAUACUUACUGGACCUCAAGGGAGAACAGUUUCGAACUGAUAGAGCUAUCCAGUAUAAAUAAAGUUAGUUUAGUUUAGGUUUCCUCCUGUAGUAACACUGGAUCAAUAAGAGAUGAUACUUACUGGACCUCAAGGGAGAACAGUUUAGAACAGAUAGAGCUAUACAGUAUAAAUAAAGUUAGUUUAGUUUGGGCUUCCUUCUGUAAACAGUAGAUCAAUAAAAGAAGAACAGUUUAGAAGUGAUGGAGCUAUCCAUAACGUUAGUUUAACUCACGCAAUGACUAUCGUAUCCUUUAUAGAUCCUUAUCUUCUGCCGACUGUAACAAAUGUCAACAUAGCAGAUAAUGGUGGCGUGAACAUCACGUGGUCACAUGUCGGUUGUUCCGAGACGUUUCCCUUUACUACAAUGGUAUAUUACCGAAAUUCAAGCUCAUCAGAAUGGGCUUUAGACGCUACUACGGAGGACAGCUCUCAUGUAAUCAAUUCAAUCCUAUUUCCCCCUAAUGCUGUGUUCCAGUUUAAAGUUAACACGCGUUACGUUGUGAAUGGCGAGGUUAUUAUCAGUGAUGACAGUGCUGUGUUUGAUUUUACCAUUCCUG